AUGGCCGAGCUGCCUGCGGGGGGCUCGCCCCAGCCCGAGGAGGAGGGGGUCCCGGGGCCGCCCCCCUCGGCGUGCGGCUGGGCGCGCCUGCGGGCCGCGGAGCCGGUGCUGCUGCUGGCCACGCUGGCGCUGGGCGUGCAGAGCCCGCUGCUCACCCAGUACCUCUGGACCCGCCUGGCCAACGGCACCGGCACCGGCGGCGGGGGAGGCGGCGGCGGCGGCUGCGCCAACGGGAGCGGCUCCGGGACCCCCGCCGGGCAACAGGACUUGGAAGCCCAGGUUGCCCAUUGGAACCUCUACAUCAACUUGGCCGGCUUCUUCGUGGGCCUCUUUUCGGUGACCCUCUUUGGGCCCUGGAGCGACAACGUUGGCCGCCGGCCGGUCCUCAUCCUGCCGGCACUGGGCAUGGCCCUGCAGGCGGCCACCUACCUGCUUGUCAUGUAUCUCGAGCUGCCGGUCGGUUGCCUCCUGCUAGGCCGCAUCCUGAGCGGCUUGUCGGGCGAUUACAACCUGAUUUUGGCGGGGUGCUUCGCCUACGUCGCCGACGUCACUGACAAGCGAGCGCGCACCUUCCGGGUAGCUGUCGUGGAGGCCUGCCUCGGCCUGGCAGGGAUGGCGGCCAGCAUCAUCGGGGGCCAGUGGCGCAAGGCCGAAGGGUACCUUGCGCCGUUCUGGCUGGUCUUUGCCGCCAGCCUUUGCGCUGCUCUCUACGCUGCCUUCUGUCUCCGGGAGUCAGUCUUGCAGAGAAAGCCCGGGAGACUAUUCACCUUCCGCCAUUACCUGGCCGUGUACCACCUUUACAUGGACCCCGGCCGAGGCAGGGCCUGGAAGAAGCUCGCCCUCUAUUCUCUUGCGUUCUUCCUGGUGGUCACCGUGCAUUUUGGAACCCGGGACAUCUUGAUCCUGUACGAGCUGAGCUCUCCGCUCUGCUGGGGCUCGGACCUGAUCGGAUACGGCUCGGCGGCCCUCUACUUGACAUACCUCACCAGCUUGGCCGGGCUGUGGCUGCUCCAGAUGUACAUGCCGGACACCUGGGUGGCCGAAAUGGGGCUGCUUUCCAACGUUUUGGGGCUGGGGGUGAUUGCGCUGGCUGCCACCACCCCUCUGAUGUUCACAGGUUAUGGCCUUCUCUUCCUUUCGAUGGCUGCAACUCCUGUGAUCCGCUCCAAGCUGUCUAAAUUGGUCGACGAGACAGAACAGGGGGCCCUCUUUGCAGCAGUGGCCUGCACUGAAGGGCUGUGCUCUCUCGUGGCCACAGGCAUCUUCAACGCCCUCUUCCCAGCAAGCCUGCACUUCAUGAAGGGCUUCCCGUUCCUCUUUGGAGCCACCCUCCUCUUCGUUCCAGCUGCCAUUCUCGGGUGGAUUGAAAUCCACGAUUCGAAACCGGAGUACCGCCACUUUGAGGAUUUGCCUAGCCCAGUCCAGGAAGUGGCGGAGUGACUGCCGUUGUUCCAGAACUGGCCUCCGCUGGUGCGUGCCCUUGAG